AUGUCCUCCGCGGCCCGCCGAGAUCGCCGCUACGACGGCGUCCCGCGACAACGGGCACCACCAUCCCCCAACUCGGACUUUGUCGAGUUCGUCCAUCGUGUCCUCGACAUCUGCUUCUCUCCAAUAACGUUCCCUAUCCGCGUCAUACGCGACAUCCUCACCCCUCCUCUCACCAUUAGCGUCGUCAUCAAGGGCAUCCUCGCGGUGCUCCUCAUCCUCGCCAGCGCAGCGUUCAGCACCCUCGCGGUCGGCGCGUUCUGGUGGUCUUGGGGCGUUGGGGGAAACGUCGAGGUCGAGGGGUGGCUCACAUACGGGUCGCGCACGAUCCGCACGCCUCAUGCUACUCUCCAGCUCCCCGUCGACAGAUUCCAGGAGGACCUGCCGUACGAUGUGCAAGUCGAGCUUGAGCUCGUUCGUCCCUCCCAAAGCUCCGAGGAGAUGGGAAACUUUAUGGUCACGCUCGACCUGCGCUCGUUGCGCGCCCCCGAGGUCUCGAUUGUCCAUGUCUCGCAACCUUCCCUUCCCCCACCACCACUCAAGACCUCCCUCGUCUCCCUCCCCUCCAUUCCUACGUGGUACAUCCCGCCAUGUGUGAUCCCGUGGCCGUUCCGUUCGUUCUGCCCGUCCAGAGUGUUUGGGUACGCCGGUGUGCCCGAUGCGAGGAUCAAGGAGCGCCGCCGGCGCGGAUCCCUCGUCUCCCCAGCCCGGGGGAACGAGGUCGUCCUCCUCACCAAAGAGCUCAUCGAGGGUACGGUCAUCAACCCCGGCCGCGGCGACCUCGCCAUUGGCUCAGCUUUCGUGUCUAUCGGCCGCGACGACACCAACUUGGAGGCUCCCGGGGCGCGGUACCACCGCGAAGUACGCACUACCGGCUGGGUCGUGGUGCGCUUCGUUCCACACCCGACUGGCCUCCGAUGGCUCAUGACGGCCAACCCGCUGCCGCCGCUGAUCAUCCUCCCGCCCGUCUCGUUCUCGCUCACGGUCGUGUCGGCGCUCAUCGGCUUCCUGGUCAUCUCGUUCAUGGGCAGACGCAAGGGCAAGCCCGAGGAACCGCAGAAGGCGAAGGAGCGGAAGAAGCGUGUAAAGGACGACCCGCCUGAGCGCCCAGACCCACGUCUGGCCCAACUAGACCGUAUAUGGGACGCGCGCACGUCACGCGAGGAGACGAGGGCGUGGGACGCGAUCGAGGCACGUGCAGCGGCACGCCGCGUCGCCUCGCCGUUUGAUGUCGUGCAGGUUGUGGAGCACACGACGCCGCGGACACACACGCCCGAGUUGACGCCCCAUUCGACGACGGACGAGGAGACGGCGACAGAGACAGAUGGGCCCAACGAGACGACGUCGGCAACGUCGGCAACGUCGGGCGCAACGGGAACGGGGGCGGAUACGACGGGCGCCAGCCAAACAGGGACGAGUGGAAGCACGAGCGAGUGGAGCGACACGUGGAGCGACGACCAGCGUUAUUAG